UAUAUAUAUUCAUAAUUCAUUUAUUUCCAGGCGAAAACUGUCUCAACUUUAUGAAGUAUUAGAGAUUUAGAUGCAAACUUUUGAACUUAGUGAAUCAGACAACCUUAGCUGCAGCUGGGAGAUACCUGAGCUAAACAGAGAGAUGAGUUCAACUUGCAUUCAGAUGUAAUGAAGACCUUACAGAGUGCACAGGAAAUACAGUCCUCAACCCAAGUUUCACAUGAGUCCCAAAGUGACCACCAGAACAACACAGCAGAGGCUCCUGUGGCAGACUCAGGUUCAAUAUGCAUUUCAAGCAAUGAUAGCAGGAAAGUUUCGCGUGAAGAUAUUGAACUUGUCCAGAAUUUGAUAGAACGGUGCCUACAGUUGUACAUGAACAGGGAUGAAGUGGUGAAGACCCUCUUGAGUCGUGCAAGGAUAGAUCCUGGAUUUACAACUUUGGUAUGGCAGAAGUUGGAAGAAGAAAAUGCUGAUUUUUUCAGGGCCUAUUACAUAAGAUUAAAAUUGAAGAAACAAAUCAUUUUGUUUAAUCAUUUGCUUGAGCAUCAGGCUCAUCUCACGAAUUAUCAUGUGUCUCCAAAAGUUCCUUUGGCGCCCAUACAGAAUGGAAUCCAUCCCAUGCCUGGUAAGUAUUGACUUUACAAUUUUAUAGUCAUGCAAAAGCUCAAAUUACCUAUACUAUUUCAAUGCUUGUGUGAGCACUGUUAUAUAAACUAUUUUCAUGAUCCAU